GUAAGAUCAUCCUAAGUCAUUUUUAACUUGGCUGUUCAUUUAUUUGCCCUACUCUACAUUCUGUAAUGGAUUUAUACAUAGCCAUUCUUGGACUGACAUUGCCAUCAAUGAUGAGAUUCGUGUCGGGGGGAGAAAUGUGUAACUAUCCCCCAGACUCAGCCAUCACAAACCUGACUGCUGAAAGGUUUCUGGCUGGUACAGAACUGACAUACAACUGUGAUCCAGACCACUUUGCUGGCAUUACCAACUAUCUGACCUACACGUGUGAUAAUUCUAAUGGAAAUAAUAGGUGGAUAUCAGAGUUUUGCUAUUGCCGCAGGUCUGACAGCACAACCACAAAUACAGAGAUCGGAAAUGAUUCAUCUCACUGUGAAGUCUCAAAUACUAUGAAUGAAACUAUACCAACAGGAGAUUACUGUGGUCCACCACCAACUGUAAAGAAUGCAAAACUAGACUUGUCUGAGUCAACAUUUCCAGUAGGCCAAGAAUUUAAUUACAUCUUUGAAUGUGAUGGUCAUGCCGAAAACACAAGCCAUGGAGUUCUACAGUGUCAGGAUGCCAGUGCGUGGAUACAAUUAUCUGAUGGAUGUAUCAACAAAACGUUCAAGUCAGCUCCCUGGCCUUACAAUAUAGGAAUUAACUGCACCGAGAGGAAUGACAAUCGUUCUGUAAAAAGUGAUGGGUCACAUGAAGCAGAAGUCACACCAUGUGCAGGUGUAUAUACUAUUUGUGUUAAUGUUGCUGUUGGCGCCAUUACGGCUAUCAUGGUGAUAUUUGCAAUCUUCAAAAUAGCACAAUGGAGGAUAAAAUCCACUGGGAAAGGCAAAUUCUUGCAGAGGACUACUGUGUCUACAGAAAAAGAAGAGGAGAUGAAUGCUGUCCAUGUUCCUCUAAACGGAUAGCAAUAGAGACGAUGAGCUGUUUGAUAUCAGAUGAAGCUGAAACUCUAUUUUCACCUCGUCGCUCACUUUUCAUCUGCAUUAAUGGAAUGAAGAAGUGAAUGUUUUAAACCUUGCAUUCUUCAUAUUCUUCAUACAUAUUGAGAUCACAUUCACAGAGCAAUCCUUGAACCUUCCAGUAAAAGACUCAAUGCAUGAUUUGCAUCAAAAGGUUGAAUCAAAAAUAAUAGAUAAAUAAAUAAUAAAUGACAAUAGUAAUGUUAUGAUAGUAUUACAGUAAUAUGUAAUUUACAAAUAUUGAUAUUGGAUUGCAAGUAAUUUAAAACAUUUUAUGACAAAAAGUGCUCAUACAUGCAGCUGUAUUAUGGAUCUGUGUAGUAUAUAAAUCUAUGUGCUCAUUCUGUACCUCUGUAUACCUCCAGCAUCA